AUGCAGCCUUCAACUCAUCUCAUCGCGGCGUUCCUACUCUCCCUCUCCCCAGUCCUCAGUAACGCACAGUGCGGUUCUGGAACUCCUGCCGCGAUCGUAGAUUCUCCAUCAUCAGGCUCGUUCACCACCACUCUAAACUCCGAGGAAAUCUACACAGGUUCCAACUACCUACUUGCAAUCCAAACCGCCCUUGAUUCUGCGAGUAGCGGCGAAAGAAUCUCCGUCCUCGCGUCCUGGAGCAUCGGAUCCGGAACACUGAGUAUUCCAUCCAAUGUCAUCUUCGAAGUCUGCGGAGUCAUCGAGGUUGAGACUGCUGCUGCCCGGGGCUCGAUCGAAUCCAUCGGUACCACUGAUGUUCAAAUUCCUUAUCUGAGUAUGACUGGCAAUCCGUAUUUCGGACUGAGGUUCUCUGGGACAACGAAUCUGCGAUUGGGGAAUGUUACAAUGGAUCUUUCUGGCGGCUUGGGGAUCCGCUUCGACCGUGAUGCAGAGAGGAACACGAAUGUUACGAUGAGGAGUGUUACCAUCACCGGAGCAGGUAGUCAUGCGGUUGAAGUGUGGAACAUUGAUGGGUUAGAAAUUGGAGAAGUGAUUGCUACGGACGUUGGAGAGUGUGGUUUGCUGAUCCAGGCAAGUCGGGAUGUCAGGGUGGGUUAUGUUGAGGGGGUGAACGCUGGUACAGGAACGGGAUACGCGACAUUGCGUUUCGCAAAUCAAAACGGAAUGGAUGCAAAUGGAGGGUAUGAGACGAAUGUGUUCAUCGAUCGGGUAUAUUCGCGCGGUGGAGGGAGAGGUGUAUUUUGUGUGAGUGAGAGUGGAGGAACGGAUAUUGCAGAGGUCGAUUUGGCGGAMAAUGGUGGGAACGCGGUGUUGAUUGAGAACUGCUAUAACUUUGCCAUCUUGGGAGGGACGGUGAAUGGGGGCGGGGAGGUGAGGCUGUCGGCAAGGGACGAGUUUGAGAACAAUCGGGAUGUUGAGGUGAGAUUGAGGGUUGAUGGGACGAGUGUGAGGGAGAGCCCGUGUGGAGAAAACACGACGUGGGUGUUGACAGGAGAUGCCGCGCAAGACAUCUGCUAG